GAGUCGACCCACAGACGACUGUUCAACAUGAACGCUAAACUGCUACUUUUCGUGAGCUGUGCUGCCCUAGCAGCUGCAGAUAGCCGAGAAAGAUAUUUCUAUCGUCCACCCCAGUUCUCCUCUGAGGACCUCUCCCAGGAAUCCAGCCGAUCUGUAGAAGUACAGAACAUUAUCAGGACUUCAGGAAGCAGUGAGGAGUUCGUCUACCGUCCACGACGUGCAUCAUCCGAAGAGUCUUCCCGUGAAUCCUACGAGUCCAGCGAGGCCCAAUAUGCCUUCAAUUAUGCUGUGAAGGACGAGUCCUCAGAGAACGACUUCGGCCACGCAGAAUCCCGCGAAGGAGAACAAACUCAGGGAUCUUACUACGUCCACCUCCCCGAUUCCCGCCUCCAGAAGGUCACUUACCGAGUGGAGGGAGAUUCAGGCUAUAUUGCUGACGUCAGCUACGAGGGCGAGGCUCAGUUCCCUGAGUCCUACGAGCGCUAUGAGUCCAAUGAGUCCGACGAAUCCUUUGAGACUCGUCGCUACACUCCACCAAGGCGCGUGUUCACUUCUCGUGACUCCAAUGAAUCCGAUGAAUCUGUGGAGGUUCCUCGCUUCACCACUCCUCGUCCAAGGAGAGUCUAUUCAGCUCCUGACUCUGACGAGUCCUUCGAGGCUCCCAGGAGAGUCUAUGUUGCCCCAGAAUCCAAUGAAUCAUUUGAAGCUCCAAGGAUUGUGUACGGAGUCCCCGACUCCAAUGAAUCUGUUGAGGCUCCAAGGAGAGUUUAUGGAGUCCCUGACUCCAAUGAAUCCAAGUAACUCCAUAGCUCACAUAAAGGAUUAUUAUCUGAUGUUCCAGAGUUCCUGGGUUAUAACAGAAGGGCAAAAUAGUCUUAAUAUAAGGUUCUGUUUAUGGCCCAUUUAUUUAUUUAUUAAUUUGUUUAUCAGCACUUGUCCAAAAAGUAUGUAAAAUAAAGCAUUUUAAGUGAA